GCAAUGGCGUUGGUCUCUAUGGCAACUGAUGACAACUGUCAACAUAAUAUUUAGACAAUAAAUUUACUAUGUGUAUUACGUGUAUUGUAAUGUGAUAAACAUGGCUUUGUAUUUUGACAUACGGGUGCAAAAUCCUGAAAGUGCCUCAAUAAGCACUCUCGCCACUUGGCACAAUAAUUAUCCUUUGUUAGCCGUUGCCGCAUACUCUCAAGACAAGGGUGGCUUUGUGAUCAUCUAUGAUGAUCAAGGCGAACCCGUGCAGGACGUCGAGUCACCGGGACACGCAGUAGCACAAGUCACUGUUCUCGGAUGGCAUCCAGAGAAAACUUGGCUGGCGGCAGGUUGGGAGAAUGGAGAAUUACGAGUAUGGCCAGGGGACACUGGUAUUCAGGAAUUCAACAUAGUAGUAACCCCUCAUCGGGAGUCUAUCACGAUUUUGCAGUGGAGUCAGUACGGUGGCCGCUUAAUAUCUGCAGAUACUGGCGGAUCUAUAGUUGGUUGGAAGAUAGAUUCCAGGGGGCAGCUCUUUAUGGUGUUUCAUCACGAGCUAAAGGAAUCUUUUACCCAAAUUGCAUUUAGGACAGUCCCGCCAAAACUAGCUGUUGAUAUUAGUGGUUUGGCAAAGGCGGCAGUGGCUGGUGAUGAGAGAGCUUUGGACUUGUUCAGUUCCUGGCGUCCGAGAACUGCUGCACCAACGGCAGUUUCGUCACAGCGGGAUAACCAUACGUUCUACAUCGGUACUGUAAACGGCAUCAUAUAUUUUGUUGAUGCUCAAGGACAGUGCAAGGAAGUUCUUAGUACCAAUGGUGCAGCAUUGCAUUGCCUAUUGUAUCAUCAGACCAGAGAUUCUAUCAUUGUUAUGACAGAGGGAUUGAACAUCGGGCACUUUCAAGCAGAUUCGAUUAGCGGAGAACUCACCGAGCUGACAAAGGUAAAAUUAAGUGGCAGAAGCGAUGCAUCGCGAAUCACCGGUACCAUGUGCUGGAUUAGCGGAAACACGUUGGCUGUACUUACGGGAGAGCUUGCCGUACGAUGCUGGGAUCUUCACACCAGCGAUACGUACGUUCUGUCGCCUCCAGAUUCAUCCAAUGGAAAUGUCGCAACUCCUCAGGAAAUGUGCACUAGCUUGGCAUUUUGCAAGGGCAAUGACACCUUGGCCGCUGGCUCCAAUUUGGGUACGAUCUAUUUGUGGAAGCGAAAAUGUGUGCCCGACUGCGAUGAGAAUGCCUGGCCGAGUGUUCCGGAGUUCUGCGCGAUUCACGGCACGGUGAAGCAGCUGGCGUGGGGUGUCGGUUUAUCACGAAAUUCCCUUCUGGCUGUUAACUGUAUCACUAACGUGUUCAUCCUGCAUCAGCAACCGAUGUGCGCCGUGUACAACGACGGUGUUUGUGCAAGCCAGCUCACCCCGACGCAGAUUCUGCUCGAGAUGGAUAACCAGACAUAUACACUAAAGACGGAGAUUCAGGUGCAGGUCAUCGCUGUGUCACGGGAAUACAUCGUCGUCUCCUCCAGUAGACAAAUCGUCGUCAACAGUAUCAACAAAGGUGCCAAUCUUAGCACGAGUGUGUUGGCAACCUUCAACUGUGACACAGAAAAGAUGUUGAUCUACGAGCACACGUUGAUCGUGUUGACUCCAACGAUUAUUCAGCUGCGAUCUAUAGAAGGCUCUGUUAUUCAGACACUUCCCACUUUACCAGAGGAGGGCGAACCGAUCACGAUGGAAUUGACAGGACAUUAUUUAACUGUAGCGUCAUUGAAUGGCAUUUUGAAGAUUUGGAAUCUAGGCAAACACGAAGCUAAGUUACAUACCCGCGCCAUGGCAACGUACGAAGCGAUUAGCGAUUUCGCCGAGAUCAUUGAGGCCAAAUGUAAUUCGGAUUGCCAUUGCGUCUCGAUCACUGUUGCUAUGGCAAAUCUCAUGCCUAGUUCGGUUCUAUAUAUCUGGGACAUCGAGAGCGAUCAGAUCCACGAAUUCGACUUCGGAGAGUCAGACGACAUCGUUGACGAUGACUUCAUGUUAGCUGCCCAAUGCAAAGGAAGGUUGGUCACAGCGCACUGCUGGGAUGUGGAGGAUCCCAGGCUACUGAUAUGUCGAGCUCAACAAUUGGAGAACCGUGAUUCUAAGAGCUUCAAUAAAGACAAUAAUCGAACUGCUCAGAACUCCGUAGUGUUGGUAUCGUUAUUCGCGACAUCGGAUCAUGGUAUCGUCAUACAGGACGUGAAGCCGAUUGUUGAUGAGAAUUGUCGAUUGCUAGGUGUACACUCACCGCACAUCGUUAUUCUAAAUUCUGAAAAGAGUCUGGAUAGAAGCAGCAAGAUUAUGCGAUUAUUAAUGAGAGACUUUGAGGAACUAGGGGAGUGUGAUUCCGUUACCAGGAAAGCGGUGAUGGACUUUAGUUAUCAUAUUAGCGUGGCGAACAUGGAAGAGGCCUUUAAAGCCAUUAAAUCUAUAAAGAAUGAGGCCGUCUGGAAGAGUCUGGCCAAAAUGUGCGUGAAAACGAAGCAGUUGAACAUGGCUCUCCUUUGUCUGGGUCAUAUGAAGCAGGCCAAUGCCGCGCGGGCCUUACGUGAAGCGAUGCAAGACGAUACUUUAAGCUUGGAAGCACAAGUAGGAAUUUUAGCCGUCGAGCUUGGUCUGCAUACCGAUGCUGAACGUCUGUUUCGAGAAGCAAAACGUUUGGAUCUACUAGGACGGCUGUACGAGGCGCGGAAUAAGUUCAAGGAGGCAAUUGAAUUGGCUAGUAACGAAAAUAGAAUUCGCGAAAAAACGAGCUAUUAUAAUUACGCUCACGCGUUGGAACAACAAGGUAAAGUGGCGGAGGCUAUUGAUAUGUACACGAAAGCCGAUUGCCAUCGAUUUGAAGUGCCCAGAAUGCUCUUGACGAGGCCUCGAGAGUUACUCACGUACCUGAAUAAUUCCGAAGAACCGGAGAUUAAAAAUUGGCAUGCCCAGUACACCGAGUCGACUGGCGACAUGGAGACCGCUCUACAUCUUUACGAACAAGCAAAAGAUACUUUGUCGAUGACGAGGCUGCUCUGUUACUUCGAUAGAGAGGAUGAAGUGUGCGAGCUGGUGACUAGAACAAAUCACGCCGCGGCGGCGUACCAUCUUGCUGCGCAUUACGAAUCGAAGAAUAAUGUGGUACAAGCAAUUCAUUUCUACACUGUUGCUAAAGCCUAUACCAAUGCGAUACGGCUGUGCAAGGAGCAUGACAUGCUGGAAGAACUGUGGCCACUAGCUAUCCUGGCGUCACGGCACUCACAGAUAGACGUCGCCAAGUUUUACGAGGACAAUGAUCAACCGGAUCGCGCGGUACUGCUGUACCAUAAAGCUGGUCUUUUGCAUAAAGCUUUGGACGUUGCGUUUAGAACUCGACAAUACAGCGCGUUGCAACUGAUUAUCAUGGAUGUGAACGCGGAUUCUGAUCCGGCAUUGAUCCACAAGUGCGCGGACUAUUUCAUGCAGAAUGACCAGAUCGACAAGGCGGUAGAUCUGCUCGCGACCGGCAGAGAUUAUAUGGCGGCUUUGGAUCUGAUCCAGCAGCAUAACGUCGUGUUGAGCGAAGAGCUCGCGGAGAAAUUGACGAUUGAAAAAGAGAGCAAUAACACCACGGAGCGCGAGCAUACGAGGAUUUCCACGCUUGAGAAAAUCGCAGAGAUCGCUUUCGAUCAGGGGAACUACCAUCUAGCGACUAAAAAAUUCACGCAGGCUGGCAACAAGCUACGCGCCAUGAAGGCGUUGCUCAAGUCCGGUGACACCGAAAAGAUCUGUUUUUUCGCGCAAGUCUCGAGGAACCGCGAGAUCUAUAUCAUGGCAGGCAAUUAUUUGCAGUCUCUGGAUUGGCAAAAUCAACCGGAAAUUCUGAAGAACAUAAUCAAUUUUUACUCCAAGGGCAAGGCCAUGGAUCUGUUGGCGAAUUUUUAUGUGGCAUGCGCGCAGGUGGAGAUCGACGAGUUUCAGAAUUAUGAGAAAGCGUUGGACGCUCUGAAUCAAGCGAACAGGUGUCUGUCCAAGGUGGUAACACCGCGAGAUCCGAAUGUUCACAAUCGGGCGGUGGAGCUGGUGAAUAAUAGAAUGUCGGCGAUUAAACGCUACUUGGAUAUUAAAAGAUUGUUCGACAGAGGUGAGACGGAGACGGCAAUGCAGCAAGUUCGUCAUCUGCUGGAUUCUCAAGGAUCCAAUCUAGAACAAUCGGUUCGUCGUGGCGAUCUGUUCGCAACGAUCACACAGCAUUAUGCUAAUAUAGGAGACACUGAGAAAGCUUGGGCGACCAUCGAAGAACUGAAACGUCUAGUGCCAGGAAUCAAUUUGACUUACUACUUUAACAUAAAUCUUCUAGAAGCAUUGGGCUAUAAGAUGAAGGUACAGCGACAGGAUAGUUCCGAUAAGGAUAAUGGAAUCGAAGAGCUCCUGGGAGAAUAAAAAUCUUCAUUAAUCCAGGAA